AUGGGCGCUCCAACUCCAUCUCGAACUCAAAUUCCAAAUCGCAACAAGAUAGUCCUUAAGUCAGACCUCGCACAAGAUCUGAGCACCAAUGCGGGAUUUAUCUCAACAGACGCAAUGUAUGCUGACUUAGAAUACCAAAAAGAGCCCAAGGUUCGAGUUGAGCGUAAAACCAGGGCCAAACGCAGUCGAUCUCGAGCUGGAUGCUAUACCUGCAGGCUACGACGCAAAAAAUGCGAUGAAACUAAGCCUAGAUGUGGACCGUGCUCAAAGCAUAUGUUCAAGUGCAUUUGGCCUCGCAAGGGCCAAGGUCCUUUGACUGGAGAAAUGCGUGAAAAAAUGAAGAAGAAAAUCGAUUUCUACGACGAUGGAUCAACAGAUGCACAUGCUUCAAACAAGGAUAAAAAGUCAAAACAGUGCUUCGUCAAUUAUACUUUGGGAUCCCAGAAAAGUGGCUUUGUUCUGCUCAAUAGUGACAUCCCAGGAUUAGGGUCGAUACCUGAGCUCCUUACCGACGAGGCAGGCGACGAGGACGAAGAGGACUACGAGUUCAAUGAGUGCGAAUUAGACCAUGAUCACGAACGCGAGACGGAAUGUGCGCAAGAUGACUGUGAACUUGAUGCUCACAUCAUACAACAAAACGAAUUCGUGCUCUCAAAUGACGCGCAACCCGGAACAGACAAAGAAACCGAAAAUCAGAUGGUUUUAAAUUUUAGUGAAGAUCACAGCAAGAACUACGGUUUGAAUAUAACGCGUGAUGGUCUCUCAGUAACACCAAGUUUGGGGAAGCUUUUGAGCUCUGAUCAUCAGGACCCUUUGCUUUCUCCGAGUUUUCUAGUUUCUCCCCCGUUGUCUGCGUUUGAAUCAAUAGAUCUGACAAGCACAAAUGCUUCUCAGCGACAGGUAACUACUACCAAUGCAGACGAUGAGUAUAACGCUUAUGGUUUGGACGAAGAGUUAUCGGAGAAAUUGUAUGAUAAAGUAAUGCGGAAGUUCGUGAAUUGGACCAGCUCUCAAAAUGAACAUCAGACGACGAUUUCGGUGGCCAAUCUUAUGUCUCAAUACCAGUUCACGCAGCAAGAUCUAUUGCUAUACUACACCUGCAUUUACUAUUUUUUACCGGCUGUAGGUCCACAGCACACAUUACCUCAAUUGACGACUACAGAAACGUUUGUGCCUUUGCUAGCACAGCACUCCAUUGUCAAGGAUGUUUUCCUGUGCUGUGGGGCCACCUUUUUAGCGUGGUGCCAGCCGCAGAAAUACUCUGGCACGGCCGAAGUACUGUACCAAACAUGCAAAAGCCACCUACACGCUGAGUUAUCCUCAGGCAGAGUUCGUGGUGAUGAGACCUGGAUUUUCGCCUGUUUCCAGCUUCUGGUUUUGACAAAUAAGCUACACAAUGGACAGGGAGAGUCGAUGGUGGAUCGUUGUGUGGAUAACCUGUCGCAUUCCUUUGACAUCAUCAAACGCAAAUAUUAUGACAUCGAGAAACACGGCUCUACUCCUGCUGAUCGUAUGCUGAUCGAGAGUUUCAUGUACAACUACACGGUUUCGCUGCUGGUAGCGAAGGACUUAUCGAAGCUACCUAAUCCGUUUGGCAAAGGGUUUCAAAGACUGGCAGCACUGUUGAAAUCACCAAUUUUCAACGACUGUGACGUUGCAUGGAUGAACAACCCAGUUUUGGGCCCUUCGCUGGAUGCGUUCUGCAUGCUAGCUAAAGUGUCGUUUUUGAGUCGGAUGCCGUUGCCUCUGCAGGACGGCCAGUGGCAAACGGUGGCAGAUACUCUGAUGGAGGAGUGCUUGUACUACAAGCCGCCACCGUUGCCGGAACAAGUGCGCAAUGACGAGUUGAAAUAUGAGAUUUACCGGCCGGGACUGCUGUGUGGGUCGAUCAUCAGCAAGGCGUGCUACUUACUACUGAACAAGAUUGUGCGGUUCGAGGACUUUGACGUGCGCGACCAGCAGAUCCAGGACUUGGUCAAGUACACCAUCAAGAGUUUGAAGGACAUUGAGAAGGGAACCCCGCUACUGUGCAUUCUGUUGUGGUCGUUGCUAGUGAUCGGGGCAUUUACCGUGGAUGCUGAAGACCGUCUGGUGAUCAAAGAGUAUCUGAAGAGCACGUCGGAAACCAUACAUUCGUAUGGUGCUUUGAAGAUCAAUUUGUUGUUGCAGUUGGUGUGGGAUCGUGAUGACAUAAAUCUGUUGUUUGUGAGAGAAAACAUUGGUCAAGUUAUCAUAUGA